UGAAAGCAGAAGGUGUGUCAGUGUCUGGUUAGUUUUAUUACUGAAACAUCAGGAAAUGUGCAGAAAAGUUAUUAAAAAGAUAUUUGAGCAACAGCGAUAUUACAAAGUACCAAUGAAAAGUUCAGACUCAUUAGACAGCACUAGGGUGUAAGUGCAGCAGCUCUUCUUCAGUUUCACACACACCCUGAGUUCUCCUCUACCCGUGACCCCUGUGUAGGGCAGGUGGGGUGAUAGACUCCGCCCACCGCGCUCGAGCUGCUGACUUACACCGAGCUGUCCAGGAGCAGCAGCGAACGGAGGCGCGCGCAGGGCAUGUGACCGUGUCAGGGGAUAAUAAAGUAAGAGUGUUGCCAUGGAUACGGUGCUUCACCUCAUCAAUGACACAGAAGAGUUUUACAGAUGGAGCCUUACCAUAGCAGACAAGCGGGUGGAGCAGUGGCCGAUGAUGUCAUCACCCCUCCCCACAUUGGGCUUCAGUGUGCUGUAUUUGCUCUUCCUGUGGGCGGGGCCUCAAUACAUGCAGCACCGAGAUGCUUUCAAACUGCGCAAAACUCUCAUCAUCUACAACUUCAGCAUGGUGCUGCUCAACUUCUACAUCUGCAAAGAGCUGUUGUUGGGUUCCAGAUCAGCAGGAUACAGCUACCUCUGUCAACCUGUUAACUACUCCAACGACGUCAAUGAAGUUAGGAUAGCGUCAGCUCUCUGGUGGUACUACAUCUCUAAAGGUGUGGAGUUUUUAGACACUGUGUUCUUCAUCAUGAGGAAGAAGUUUAACCAGAUCAGCUUCCUGCACGUCUACCAUCACUGCACCAUGUUCAUCCUCUGGUGGAUCGGUGUCAAAUGGGUCCCCGGAGGCCAGUCAUUUUUCGGUGCAACUAUAAACUCAGGGAUCCACGUGCUGAUGUACAGCUACUACGGUCUCGCAGCUGUGGGUCCACACAUGCACAAAUACCUUUGGUGGAAGAAAUACCUCACUAUCAUUCAGAUGAUUCAGUUCCACGUCACUAUCGGUCAUGCAGCUUACUCUCUUUACUCCGGCUGUCCGUUCCCAGCAUGGAUGCAGUGGGCCCUCAUCGCUUACGCCAUCACCUUCAUCAUCCUCUUCGCCAACUUUUACUACCAGACCUACCGCCUACGGCCGCGUUCUAAAUCACACAAGAGCAGCUGUAACGGUGUCCCUGAGUCGUCCACACCUAAUGGCUCAGUGAGGAGCGUGGAGCACCUCGAGGAGAAUGGGAGGAAACACAAGAAGGAACGAACAAAGAAGGAGUGAAGGAAAGUUAGAGGAGCGCUGGGUACUAUACAUCAGUGUUACUGUGGGGUGUUUACAAGGAAGUAAUGUGUGUGUGUGUGUGUGUGUGUGUGUGUGUGUGUGUGUGUGUGUGUGUGUGUGUGUGGGCUGUUUGUUGAAGGGUUAGAUGGUGUUUACAAACCACUAACUAUGCUAAGUGUGUAACUGAUGGGGAAGGUGACAUAAUUCAGUGCUGACUGAGUGGCUGAUAUUCUUCUAGGUCCUGAUUUAUUUAUUUGUUUGUUUGUUUUUCUGUUUAUUCAGCUAUGUGCCGUUCAUCUGUUAUGCUAUUUAUCAGAAUAUUCAGUCAGCGAGGAUCAUCGUGAUCUUCCUCUUACAAUCAGCUCAUCUGUAAUCUGUAAUGAAUAUUAUAAAAGAUGAGUGUGUUGUGGAGAACAUCAGGGAUGUGACGAUGGCUGUUUCAGCACCGAGCGCUUAUUUAUAUCUCAGUAAACACAACGAGAUCAGACACAGAAAUAAAGUGAAUAAAAUGAAAUCAGAUUCAAA